ACAAGAACCUUUCUGGAUAAAGUCUUUUCCCGUGACGGAGCUUAUGCCUAUUGUCCCUUGAGGUUACACUUGUAGUGGAUUUGCUUCUUUUUGAGACAUGGAACUAGAUUACAUGUGCUCUGGCUGCUACCACUUUCGGGUUUUGUCACUGCAAGAAGCACUCGAUUUGCGGUUUCUUGCGCCUUCAGACUUCCUUGUUGGCUCUUUCGUCAUCUGCACUUAGUGUUCUCCGCCAUCUUUAUGGAAGGUGCGAGUCAGGGUUGAUGUCUGCAAGUUAUCAUUCCUUCGAAUAGGCCUAGAGUCUCUCAUCUAAACCUGGUCCCUAGAGUCAAAAAAAGAUCCUGUUAGUCCCUAUUCCAUAUCUGGUUCUUGUAAAAGACUGAACAAGGACGUAUCAGUUUCUUUUCAAGUUUUGACAUGUGGUAGCUUUGAUAGUGUUGUCUUCUGAGUCUCCGAACCUCUUGAGUGAAUUGUUCUCAACAUUCCUACUUGUUGGUUCAUUCUUCAUUGAGUCUUUCAGUUCUCAACAUGUUUUGUCUUCUUCUCUUGCUGUCUUUCUUUUACCUUGAUGGUCAACCAAUUGGUUUUCAUAAGUAAAUAACGGCCAGCCUACCCAGCGGGAAAAUCUUCGAGUUUCCCUGGCAUACGAACAAGUGGAAGAUUGAACUUAUAGAAACAUUUCAGUUCUCUAGAGACAAAAACCAAAGGAGAUAAUAUACUGUAGAGGAGAUGGAGAGGUAUAAUUUAAUCAAAGAAGUUGGUGAUGGAACUUUUGGGAAUGUUUGGCGAGCUGUCAAUAAGCAGACGGGUGAAGUGGUUGCGAUUAAAAAGAUGAAGAAGAAGUAUUACUCGUGGGAAGAAUGUAUUAAUCUGAGAGAAGUGAAGUCGCUUAGCAGAAUGAACCAUCCAAACAUUGUGAAGCUGAAGGAAGUCAUCCGGGAAAAUGAUAUUCUAUACUUUGUGUUCGAGUACAUGGAGUGCAAUCUUUACCAGCUUAUGAAGGAUCGCCCUAAGCUCUUUGCAGAAUCUGAUAUCCGAAAUUGGUGCUUUCAAGUCUUUCAAGGUCUUUGGUACAUGCAUCAGCGUGGAUACUUUCACCGAGAUCUUAAGCCAGAGAAUCUAUUAGUCUCUAAAGAUGUUAUAAAGAUUGCCGAUCUUGGCCUGGCCCGGGAGAUUAACUCAAGUCCACCUUAUACAGAAUAUGUCUCUACACGCUGGUAUAGGGCACCUGAAGUACUGCUACGGUCAUAUGUAUACACGUCAAAAGUUGAUAUGUGGGCUAUGGGCGCUAUUCUGGCUGAGCUGUUGUCUCUUCGCCCUCUUUUUCCUGGAGCUAGUGAAGCAGAUGAGAUACAUAAAAUCUGCAGUGUGAUAGGCAGCCCAACUGAACAUACAUGGUUGGAGGGGCUUAAUCUAGCUAGCGUACUAAAUUACCAAUUCCCUCAGCUUCCCGGUGUACACCUUUCAAGCUUGAUGCCGUAUGCUAGUGCAGAGGUGGUUAACCUUGUUGAGCGCCUCUGCUCGUGGGAUCCCAGCAAUAGGCCGACGGCUGCAGAGGCUUUGCAGCAUCCGUUCUUCCAGAGUUGCUACUACUAUGUUCCACCAUCUCUCCGUGCCAAACAGUCUGUUGGAGAGAGAGGGCCUCUCGAGCAUCAGCAGCAAUCCCUCAAGACUAAUAAGGCGCCAUUCAACAGUUAUGCUCCUCCAUUUGGUGCUUGUCAGGCUCAGCGGAAGCUGGAGAUGUCUAAUAAGAUUAACCAGGACACAACAUGGAACAAGAAGGCUGUCGGAAGUUAUCAUGUUAGAGAUGCUAGGUAUAUACCACCGCCUGGAAGGAAGUGUCCUUCAUCGAUGAACAAGAAGUGGGUCUUUCCUCGCGGGUCAUCAGAGACUGCAGUGGCAAAUGCAGCGGUGGGCGGAGGAAGAUGGAGGCCGGCGAUGAAGGCAGGGUGGGUGGGAGAAAGUGGUGACAUGUUCCUUAGACCUAUACAGCCUCCAAAUCCUUACUCUAGGAGAAUCGCUGGUUAAAACCGAAAGGAUGACUCACUCUUUUAAGUUAUCAUCAUCUUCUACUACCCGAGGGUCCAUGGUCAUUUCAAGACAGCUAUGUUUGAUUUCCUUUUCCAAAAACUCUCUUCCUUGUGCAUGGAGCUUAUUCUUCUGCCUUGUACUGGUUUUAAUGUUUCGGUCAUGGUUUGGCUCUGUAUAUUUUCUUUUCUUUUCGCAACAAAGCUCAUAGACGUUGGACCAAACCUUGUUUUCAUCAACUUCGAUGGACAGUAAAACAGCUAUAUAUGUAAUCUCGACUCGGCCAUGUAUAUAAACGUUUUGCAACAUGCGACUGAA